AUGUCAAAUAAUGACGACCUCUCUGCACUUUCCAAGUUGAUCCCGACUUUAACAGGGACAGAAACCUUUGUUCGUUGGCGCCGAGGUGUACGUAACUACCUCUUUGACAAAGGUGCUCAAGGUCAUCUCAGCGGCCUUGAGCCCGAGCCUUUCAGACGACUCGUAAAUCCGGCAGUGCCGACAGAUCAUUCCGUUGUCUUUCCCCCCGAUACCAUUGCAGGGGAGGCUCCCCCAGAUGCCACAAAUUCAACAACAGCCGUAGCUUUGACAGCUACUCAACGUACCACCUGGCUAGAUUGGGCCAACAAAGAGCGUAAAGCUCGUUCGACACUCAUUUUCACAAUCUCUCCGGGACUAGCCGCCCAAGUCGAGGACCUCUGGUCAGCCCAAGAAAUCUGGGCACGUAUUACUGCGCAGCAUCAAGUUAAAACGACAGCAAGGCGUAAUGAUCUCAACCAACGUAUUUCCCUCCUUCGUCUAGUUGAAAAUGCCAACUUCGACACCAUGCACGCUCACCUCGAGACCUUUAGUGAGCUAGUAGCCGAGGCUCUUGGUGCAGGUGCCCAUAUAGAUGAUGGUGAUCGUUCCGAAAGAUUUCUUCUCUCCCUUGGUCGCGACUUCGCUCCACUUCGUCAACAGUGGGACCUCCGACCAGACACACAGAAAAGCUGGGACCAUCUUGUAACCGCGUACCACAGUAUUGCCGACACCCGCCGCCUUGAGCAAGAAAUGGAGAACCAUACUCAACAAGCCAUCAGUGCUGUUCUCGUCAAUAAAGAUGCUAUUAAGAAGGAUAAGGGGAGAUCAGGUAGUAGGGUAGGAAAGGGUAGAAGUAAUGGUGCUGGUAGUGAACAUGGAGGUAACAAGGAGAAGGAGAAGGGACAAGGAAAGACGAGGAAAGAAGGAAAACGUGGGAAGGAUGAGAGUGAUAGUGAAGAAGACGAAGAGUGUGAUUGGUGUGGUAAAUACGGACAUAGUGUGGAAGACUGUCGCAUUAAGAAACGCGGAGAUCUAUCCAAGAGUCAAUUACAGGAAGCCAUCAAAGAAUACCGAUCCAAACACCAAGUCAAUGUCAUGAGAGACGAGUCGCCAGAACCCAUAGUCUUCGGUAAUCUUUCUUCGAUCCUAUGA